AUGUUUAAGAAGGAACCACGUGUAAAAGCAUUGAGUAAUCUAAAGAACUCAGAUCGCAAGAAACUAUUAAAAACAUUGCAAACUCAAUUAAAAGUUGAAAAUGUUCAGAUUCCAUCAGACUCUGAAAUUAAACAGACAAAUUUUACCACUCAAAACUCCAUGGGAACUAUCUAUACUAAUGAUCAAAACACUCCUAUUUUAGUUAAAGCCAAGAAUCAUGACACAUUAUAUCCAACAGUUUUCACUUGUUGGUCAAACCCUGAGUUAUUACCAUUAAUUAAAACACAUGAUUUAGUAAUUCCACAUCUUUAUAACGGUGCAAACUUAAUGGUUGCAGGUACAUUGCCACCAUUUGAUAGUAGAUUGACAUCUGGUACCGUGUGCGGUGUUGUUAAUUAUACAAACCCCAGCGUUGUUAUUGCUAUUGGUGUGGUUGAUAUGGAUCUAAGUCAUUGUGAUAAUGUGGUUGGAAAAAAAGGUAUUGCUGUGGAGAUUAUUCAUCAUUUGGAAGAUUGCUUAUUUCCCACUUUUAAGGUGAAACUGGAGAUGCCUAUCAAUGAUAGUAUAGCAGACACUGAGGAGGAUGAAGAAAAAGAAGAAGUUAAAGAGACAGCUGUGUUGAAGAAAGAAACAACACCUACACCAGAAACUUCAAUAGAUGAACUAGCUACUGUAUUAGAUAAACUUAGUGUAGAAGAUGUGGAUCAUUUUAUCACAAGGGCACUUUAUUACACUAUUGUAGUAGAUGAUAAAGUUGAAUUACCAAUGAAUGCAUCUAAUUUCAUUUCUAAUCAUAUUAUGCAUAACCUUCCUGAUGUGGACCAUAAUGAAGUCAAUAUUAAAAAAUCAUCAUGGAAGAAAACAGUUAAAUUUUUGAAACAUUUUGAGAAACUUGGUUUUUUGAAAUUGAAAGGUAAAGAUGACAGUCUUGUAGUAACAUCCUUAAACAAAGAUAAAGAUGAAUUAAAAUAUUUCUCUAGUUACAAGAUUGGUAGUGGUAAAAAACAAAACCCAGUUGCUAAUUCUGCUGGACAAAAUGGUGAAAAAUUAGACGGUAAAGGUGAUCUGAUUUUGUCUACUAUAUAUAAGCCUGUAAACCUAGGGAAGACUCUGAUGACUAUAGAUGAUACUCCAUUAAAAAGAUACUACUUAUCGACUGAAGUAAGAGAUGCAAUACAGAAUUAUAUCAAAUUUAAAAAUCUUGUAGAUAACAAGAACAAAAAAAUGAUAUUAUUAGAUGAUUUAUUAUUUAAUAUGGUAAACAUAAAGAAAUCGCAAGCAGCUGUCGCUCCCCGUACUGUACCACGUUAUGAUGUCCUUGCUCCAAUUUUGAAGAAUAAUUUUGGAGAGUUCUUUCAACUAUACAAGAAUGGUGGAACAACCCCUAUCUUUAAAGAACCAUUGAAAGGAGCCAUGCCUCAUGUAAAGAUUGUUACCGAAAUGAAGAUUGGUCGUAAGAUUAUCACAAGGGUAUCUAAUUUCGAAAUAUUUCAAAUUACACCUGAAGCGCUUGCUGCUGAUCUAAGAAAGAUAUGUAGUGGAUCUACGACUAUUGGUGAAUCUCUUACUUCAAAGAAGACAGCUGAAGUUCAAGUGCAAGGUCCUCAUGGCAACUUGAUCAUUGAUCAUUUGAACAAGUUAGGUGUUCCUGGUAAAUGGAUCGAUUUCGAGAACAAAGUCAAGAAUAAAAAGAAACGUUAA